CCGUAUACAGGCGCAGCGUUAGCGACCCUCCGGCUUCCUCCCGCUGGAGCACGUGUGUACCGCCACGGACUGGCGUCGUGUCCUCCGACAGGGCUGCAGCGUGUCGCGGCGAUCGACGUGUUGUCGUCGCCUGCGUCAAGUCUCCAUCUGGUCUACAGACGCGUGCUACGAGCACGCUCGCCAACUUGUGCUACAACUGUGGCUACCCCGUUAUUCGGCAGCAGAGCGCCCUCUCGUGCUGUCCGCAGCCCAGCGUGAGUGAUUGUGCCGUUUGCGGGAGCCUAAUGUUGUGCAUCGGCGAGUCUUGAGUACAAGUCGUGACAUCUGCUUCCGUCAAGGAAGAACUAAUUUGGACUACCUUCGGUGUGUGGAAGGCUAACGUUACAUACGCUCGCAGGCUUGCAUGCAUAGGCAUCGUCGGAUGCGGUAGCCCACUUUUCUGUGUAGAAGAUCGACAGAUUUCUGGUCAGUGAUCGACCAACGACUGGACUACGGUGGACAGUGUGCCUUGUAAAACCUUGGGCUCUGACGGAUUAUCGAAGCAGCCUGGAUAUUGAAGAAGCUCUGGGGGCAUUUCUGUGUAGCUCCAGUAAUGCAGAGGCCUCAAAGACCACGUGGGUGCUUCUAACGCCCGCACAGCCCUUGAUGUACGUUUCAGCGCUUUUAUGAUGGUGCAGGAUCUUGAAGCCACCUCAACAUGCUAGAACUGCUCAGUCGCCAUGACGUAACUGAGCCAUGGAAGCCUCCCAGCGCAGCAUGGAUACGGGCCAGCAACCGCCUCUAGUGGACAUGACUCCCGAAGACUGCCCAACUUCCGCCGCAGAGCGCGGUGACAAGUCCGCCGACGGUGGCAGCCCUCCAAGCCAGCAAUUCAAAGACGACCCUGCCGAUGUCUCUGAUCAAAGCUCCUCACUGAGCGAUGUUGAGACAUUUACGGGCAAAAUCGUUUACAACCCCGACGGUUCCGCCUUCAUCAUCGAGACGGCAGCUGGUGGCGAUUCCGACGGGGUCAGUGAUGAAGACUGCAGCCUCGACCUACCUCACCAAGAAGGGAGCAUUGUGGAUGGUCCCGGAGUCUCACCGCCACCGGUCAUCCCGCAGGUUGUCAACGCGUUUCACAUUUCGCGAAACCCAGCUCUGUACAGUGCACUCUAUGGUCAAGCAUACAGCUUGCUACAGGAAAAGAAGAAAGUUCCUGAGGUUCCCGUCAUGCAUAGUUACCGUGUAUUCACCAUGAGAGACCAAAAAGAUCGAACGCGAAACGCCGCGGAGGAGGAGGAACACGAGGAAGAAGAAGGGAGUAGCAAAGAUAAGCAGAAGAGGACGUCUUGGAAUAAUAUCUUCAACAACAGCCUUCCUGUGCUGGAGCAUCCUUCUGUGCCCAUCAAGCCCAUUCUCAUGUGUUUCAUCUGUAAACUGUCCUUCGGGUUCACCAAGUCCUUUGUCGGUCAUGGUAUUGGGGAGCAUGCUAUUUCUCUCACCGAUGAAGAACGGCAUAUGCUGAACCAGAAGAACAUUUCAGCCAUCAUUCAGGGGGUGGGAAAGGACAAGGAGCCGUUGCUGUCCUUUCUCGAACCCCUACCCGCUCAGUUGGCCAACAGCGCCGGUGGCAAGUUUUUAGCCAAGAACCCUGCCACGAGCAGCUCAUCUUCCAGUUCCUUAGCGCCGGCAGAAGUUCCUGUCGGUGGCAACGCUUUUAGUGCCAGUACAAACGGCUCAGACAUGCAAACAGCGAUGAUAACGCAAAGUACCUGCGCAAGCCCCCAGGAGCAGGUUACUACUACACUACCCCCUUCAGAAGGCAGGCAAGAUGAAACCCUCGCGCCGGAGCUUGAAGACCUUGCUAAUAUUGAGAAGAUAGCGAAGGCAGCCGCCGCGGCCGCAGCAGUAGUGGAGAAUCCAACAUCAGUGUCGGAAUCCCUACCGCCUCAGCCACACAACGAUACAAUGUUGAGGACCUCACCCUCCUCAGCAGAGAGACCGACAAGCGCUGGCAGCUCAUCUCCCGGUGUCUCUCCCAAGCUUCUUCCAGGUCCCCAGGCUCCGUUCCUCAAUGCUGCCUGUCCUUCACCCGUCGUUGGAUGCCCGCAGCACCCAGACGGGAAAACGUGUGGGGUGGAGUGCCCAAAGUGUGACACUGUGCUAGGAUCUUCGCGAUCUUUAGGUGGCCAUAUGACAAUGAUGCACUCACGGAAUUCGUGUAAAACGCUCAAGUGUCCCAAGUGUAACUGGCACUACAAAUACCAAGAAACGCUAGAGAUUCACAUGAAAGAGAAACACCCCGAGAAUGAUCUCAACUGUAUCUAUUGUUUAACGAACCAACCCCACCCGCGCCUGGCGCGCGGCGAAACGUACACGUGCGGCUACAAGCCGUACCGCUGCGAGGUCUGCAAUUAUUCGACGACCACCAAGGGCAAUCUGAGCAUCCAUAUGCAGUCCGACAAGCACAUCAAUAACAUCCAGGAGCUCCAGAACGGCAAUUUGCAGGCCACUCCAGAGCAGCUCCUCCAGCAGCAGCAGCAGCAGCAACAACAACCUCAGGCUCCGAGCCUACCAGUGCCAGAGGCUGUCAAGAAGCCCGGGCCAGCGGCGAAACCUAAGGCAACGUGGCGGUGCGAUGUGUGCAACUACGAGACGAAUGUGGCUCGCAACCUGCGUAUACACAUGACAAGCGAGAAGCACACGCACAACAUGAUGGUCCUGCAACAGAACGUGAAGCACAUGCAACAGCUAAGCGCUCUGCAGCAGGCCCAGGCCCUCGAUCCGCUGUUCCAGUUUCACCCGGGCCUCUUGCUGCCCUGCGACAGCCAGUUGCAACCGGAGGCUGCGCUCGCGGACAUGGCUUACAACCAUGCCUUGCUCAUGAUGGCCUCGCAGCAUCACCAACAGCAGGCCCUAGCAGCGGCUGCGGCGGCCGGCGCUAAGGGCGCCCCGCUGGGCUCCCCUACCAUGGACAUGGAACAUCCGGACCCAACACUGAGCCUGGAUAUCCCAAUUGACGACACGUCGCAGCUCUUUCAAUGCUGUGUCUGCGGUUUGUUUUCAGUGGACUCGGUGGAGGCCCUUGGUGCCCACUUCCAGCAGGACCGUACGCGACAACGCGAAGACGAGGUUCUGAUGGCUGUGGCUGGCAGCUACGUCUGCAAACUGUGCACAUAUAAGACGAAUCUGAGGGCCAACUUCCAGCUCCACUGCAAAACGGACAAGCACCUGCAGAGGCUGCAGCACGUGAACCACAUCAAGGAAGGUGGCGCGCGGAAUGACUGGAAGCUUAAGUAUGUCAACGUGAGCAACCCUGUGCAAGUACGCUGUAACGCGUGUGAUUACUACACGAACUCUGUGCACAAGCUCCAGCUACACGCUGCCGGCUCGCGACACGACCUCAGUGCGCGCCUUUUCCUUUUCCUGGUGGCUGCCGAGAAUGUGCUCAAAGCGGACGCUCGCUACUACCAAUGCACCGCGUGUGGUUUCCACUCGCGUACACGUAGCGGGCUCAUCGCGCAUGCGCACUCGUUGCGGCAUCUCCAGACGCGAAAGGACGACACAUCGGGAGACGCUUGGAAAGAAAUAUUCCACAUCAAGGAGUUCAUCGGCAAUGAACAUAUCAGCUUCGACGUCGACGUCGAGAACAAAGGUUCGGAAGCAAUGGAAGUGGACCUACCGCCACCAGUAUUAUCUCAGGAAGACCGCGAGUCGGUCAACAGGCCAGGAGGGCCGUCAAGUCCAAGUUCAAUGCUGAAACAAGCCUUGCUCGAAAACGCCGCCAAAGCCGAAGCUGCCGCCAGCACUCAGCGGCCCGAAGCGUUGGAAGACCGAACCACGGAAAGGCGCUCUUGUACUCUGUGCAAUUUCUCCGCCCGUACCGAGGCUCAACUUCAAGCUCAUGUCGUGUCUCAGCAUUCCACACAGCAGCAGUCACAAGAACAGCCUAAGUCGGUGCAAUGUCCGCUCUGCCAGGAGCAGUUCAAGGAACUUCAUAAAAUCGAGUCACAUCUUGUGGAAACUCACAACGUCACGUCUGAAGGAAUGCAACGGCUACUCGCGCUAGUUGAUACAUCAGCAUGGGUUACAACUUCAUCUCCGUCGUCUCACAGAAAGUCACCCGCAAUUGCGAAUACUAAUGUGUCGGGAGCGACAGAAGAUUCAGAUAGCGUAGAUGCAGACGGCCAGAGUAGCGACUGUGAAAGUAAAGAGAGACUAAGUGCAGACGAUAUUUUAAGUACAGAAGAUCUAACCUGCACUGUGUGCGGGAAGAAUUUCAUGACUGUCGAAGAUCUCUUGAGUCAUCAGACUGAUGCAAGCCAUCUAGAGCUUAAACAAACUCCACGGGGUCCGGGUUACCUCUGCUGGAAGAAGGCCUGCAAUCAGUGUUUUAUGACACCUCAAGCUGUACAAGUGCACUUUAAAGAAAUUCAUUCCAAGAGGGUACCCCAGCAGCAAUUACAGCAACAGCUGGCAGUGUCUGAACGACACGUCUACAAGUACAGGUGCAAUCAGUGUAGCUUAGCUUUCAAGACACUCGAAAAACUGCAGCUUCAUUCACAGUACCAUCUCAUCCGAGCUGCAACUCAAUGCGUUUUAUGUGGACGAAGCUUUCGCACGCUAGCGGCUCUCCAAAAGCAUGUUGAAACGUCUCACACCGAUAUGACAGCUGAAGAACUAGAGCAGUAUAAAGCCAGUUUAGUGAAUAACCCUCUCCUGACUAGUGCUGGAGGAGCAGUUCUUGAUCCUCAAACAACAGAACUCCUGAAAAAGGAAAGCAACAGAGACGACGACGGAGCUCUCGACGAGGUUAUGGAUAGUGAGGACGCGGUUACACUGAACGAUAACGACUGUGGUGGUGAUGUAAUGGAUCAAAGUCUUGGUGCUCUGAAUGAGGGCUCAAACUUCAAGGAGCAGUUCUUUGAAGACUACAUCAAUAGCCAAGCUAUUGCAGAAGACAGCUACAACGACCCGACUCGAAAAUACAAGUGUCAUCGCUGCAAGGUAGCAUUCACGCGCCAGAGCUACCUCACCAGCCACAACAAGACGUUGCUGCAUCGAAAAGGAGAGAAGCUCAGCUACCCAAUGGAAAAGUACCUGGAUCCAAACCGCCCUUACAAGUGUGACAUUUGCAAGGAAUCUUUCACACAGAAAAAUAUCUUGCUUGUCCAUUAUAAUUCGGUGUCCCACCUGCACAAGUUAAAGCUAAGUCUAAAAGAGGGAGGUGCAUGCACGACCACGCAAGCGACGACGAGUACCACCAUAACAACGUCUACUGGUACUGGCGGUAUCGGCUGCAGCAAUAACCUGUCAUCUCUUCAAGGGGUGUCCCAGCCACCUUCUCCGACCCAAUCUCAAGGUCACACCCUGUCGCCAACUGCCAAUAACAACAAUAACGAUUCUGAGAAAAAGCCUUUCAAGUGCAACAUUUGUAGAGUUGCGUAUACUCAAGGUUCGACCCUUGAUAUACAUAUGCGGUCAGUUUUGCACCAAACGCGAGCUUCAAAGCUUCAUGAGCUUGCAGUCAGCGGCCAAGUAGACCUCAAUACCCCUUUGAUUGAACGACCUGAAGCUGGCUCUACUGCAGCGGAAAUGUUACAGCCACCACAACAGAAAUGCCUCUCUGAAAUGCCUACCAGCAGACCCACCACGCCCAGCAGCGAGCCAAUCUCACAGUCUGCGGAAAUGUCAUCUCCAGUUGCUGCAACAAAUAGCCUGGCUCCAACUUCGUCGACGUCAACGGCACCUACGGCGGUAUCAACUCAGGAAAACCUAGAAGCAAGCUGUCUUCACCAUGCCUUGAAUCCUGCCUUGCCUCACCUCGGGCAGAAUUCAGUUCUUCUAUCGUCCCAAAUCGCGUCGGCUCAGGGAUUACCAACCUGCAAUCGUUGCAACGCCAUAUUUAUGUCCCAGGAUGCGCUUGUACAGCAUCAGCAACUAUACUGCCUUUUAGGACAGGGUGCAUCAGGACAAGCGUCAACAAUACUUGUCGCUCAGAAGCAUCAACAGCAUGGACAUCUUCAUUCGCACCAGCACGCACAACAGCAACUUCUUUCUGAAGUUCAACUGAGUAAUCCUCAGCUGGCUGCCGUAACAGCAACGCAACAGUUGCUGCGGCUGAGGUCCCCUUACCCACGAACGAAGCCUCCAAUGUAUAAGCACCUUCUCGAGGGAUUUGGAUUUGACGUAGUAAUGCAGUUCAACGAGUUCAAUCAGAAACGAGCAAAGAAAGAUGCGGAACGGCGGGAACAGCAGCAGGUAGCACUGCAACAGACGGAGGGACAUGACGCCUUGCCAUCCCCGAAACUUGAUGCGGUCCAAAUCAAACAAGAAGUUGUAGACUGUGAACUCGAAAAAGAAAAUACAAUGCCCGAAAUCAAUCGAUCGCUUUGUAAUCAUUGUCAGAAAGAGUUCUCGAGCAUUUGGGUGCUGAAGGCUCACCGGGAAGAGGUCCAUCGCGACGUUGUGCCACUUGACUUUGUUUCUAAACUGGCGGACGACUUCAGAACGGAGUACGACAAAAAGAAUGCGUCGCAGGUUCCUCCAGAGGAGGGUAUGCUGGACCUUGCCGGCAGCCAGGCCGUCAGUGGACACGGUGAUCCGUCGCAGGGCACUGCUGUGAGUGUUGCCAAUGCGGCAGGUGUGUGUGCUGCUGUCGUUGGAAGCGGGAACAUGAACACGUCAGGACAGUCGCCGCAGCUCUCAACACCCGCUUCCACUACGCCGCCAGCAUCCUUGAACGUCUCUCAACAACAGGCUCAACAGCAGCAGCAGCAGCAACACCACCACCACCACCAGCAGCAGCAGCAGCAACAACAGCAGCAACAACACCAACAACAGCAACAGCAACAACAUCAACAGCAGCAGCAGCAACAGCAGCAACAACAGCAGCAGUCCGCAUCUGAUGCAUCUGCCGUGACGGCCAACCAGAUGGCUGCCCAGCUCCAGUUCAACCAGCUGCUUAUGAGCAUGGGUCUCGGUAUGGGUCUUCCCAUGGGCAUGAACAUGCCGUUCGCCGCAGCUAUGAAUAUGCACCCGCCUCUGAUUCCCGUCGUGAUGCCACCCCACAUGGACCCCCUCAUGGCGUCCGCCUUCAACCACCCCAUGAUGCCUGGCGGCAUCGAUCCCAGCUUCUUUGCGGCACAGCAAAAGCUUCUACAGCAGCAACACCAACAGUUGGCUCAGGCACAACAAGCCCAGCAGCAGAAGAGAGCGCGGACGCGAAUCAGCGACGAGCAACUCCGCAUCCUAAGGGCAUACUUCGACAUCAACAACUCCCCGACAGAAGAACAGCUGAUGGAAAUGUCCGAGAAGUCCGGGCUGCCGCUCAAGGUCAUCAAGCACUGGUUCCGCAAUACCCUCUUCAAGGAACGCCAGCGAAACAAGGAUUCGCCGUACAACUUUAACAACCCUCCGUCUACCUAUCUCAAUCUUGAAGAGUAUGAGAAGACUGGCGAAGCUAAGGUCAUACCUCUGUCUGAAAAGAACAAUAACUCCGAUGACAACAACAGUGGGACUAAAGUAUCUGCUCCAGCAACAAACAAGGAGACGUUAUCCGGCGAACCUAUCAUAAAGAAGGAGGGCAAGGAAGAAGGCCGAGUAGAAGCAACAAACACAGACACCCAGGAUAGCGUCGCGUCUUCGAGUACAACACAGAAUGGGGAAAGUGGUGUAGUCACACCAAAACUCGAAGUCCCCAACAUCAACGCCUCGCAUCAGAACAGCAAAUCGGAUUUCUUGACCUCGCUCACAUCCCGGCUGUCUGUGGACACACCUCUGGACCUGGGAUCUCCGGUUCCUCACGGCUUCCUCCUCAGUACACCACCACCAAUGCUUGAGAGGGCGUCCAGCACGACACCCACGCCCACGACUUCUGCCAACUCGACGGGCUCCUCCGGUAAGCGGGCCAACCGGACCAGGUUCACAGACUACCAGAUAAAGGUACUUCAAGAGUUUUUCGAGACCAACGCCUACCCCAAAGACGACGAUCUCGAGUACUUGUCCAAGCUUUUGAACUUGAGUCCGCGCGUCAUUGUCGUCUGGUUUCAAAAUGCACGCCAAAAGGCCCGCAAAGUGUACGAGAACCAACCUCCUGCAGCACCGGACGACGAUGGCUCGGGUAGGUUCCAGAGGACUCCGGGGCUAAACUACCAGUGCAAGAAAUGUCUUCAAGUGUUCCAGCGCUACUAUGAGCUUAUCAAACACCAGAAGACAUCCUGUUUCAAAGACGAAAAUCCCCUAGCGGUCCAACUGAAGGCAGCAGCUGCCACCAGUGGUGGAAGUAGUGGUGAGGACCGCGGUAUGUCGUGCCUUUCGAACCCCGCCUCCCCGAGGACUCCGGAGCCUGCUACGAAGAGCCCUCAGAACGGGUCUUACCGGUGUGAUAAGUGCAGCCUCGUAUUUCCGCGUUUCGAUUUGUGGCGUGAGCACCAGAUAGUGCACAUAAUGAACCCUAAUUUGUUUCCCAAUUACCCUCCGAACUCAUCUUUCGGUAUUCUGCAGUACGAGGGUCAACAGCAGCAGCAUCAACAGCAACUGCAAGAUCAGCAACAGCAAACUGCUCAGCAACAGCAGCAGCAACAGCAGCAACAACAGUCCUGGAAGCGCAAGCUUGAGGAUGAUCAGCUACAACUUCAAGCGCAAAUGGACGGCAAGGAUAUGAGUACGGAUCCUCCACGUGACAAGAGGUUGCGGACUACCAUCCUUCCGGAGCAGUUGGACUAUUUGUAUCAAAAAUAUCAAAUGGAAAGCAAUCCCAGUCGCAAAAUGCUGGAGAAUAUCGCUCGAGACGUGGGCCUCAAGAAGCGCGUGGUACAGGUGUGGUUCCAAAACACGCGUGCGCGGGAGCGUAAAGGCCAGUUCAGAGCACACCAGCAGGUGAUACACAAACGAUGUCCCUUCUGUAGGGCCCUGUUCAAAGCGAGGUCUGCGCUCGAGUCCCAUUUGGCGACCCGACACGCUGACCUCUACAGUAAAGGUGAGCUCAACAUUGACUCGUUCCCCGACGGAGACGCGGACUCGAAUCCAGGCACACCGACCAGCAGCGCUUCCGAGGAGAGCAAGGCCAUCUCGCCCUCCGCAGGUACAGAUCUGGUACAUAGCACCAUGAAGAAGUACUACGAGGAUUCGCUUCGAAAAUACCUGGACGAAAUCGCGGGUGCCCCGACGGACCUUACUGUCAAGCCCAAGGCUGUAAAGGGAGAAGGCGGUGAGGCCCCCCUUGACCUGAGUAAGCCCCUGCGCAUGGACUCGGAUAGGUCUGGCGACCACCUCUCGGUCAGCGAGAAGAGCAUGGACCUCCGUAUGGGCAUCUCUGACGACGCUCGUUCUGAGACCCAUUCCGAGUCCACAGACAACAUGGACUGCGACGAUUCCAUCUUUGAGUCUAACCCAACGUCGCCCAUGGGACUUCACGGUGGAGGGCAGCAAUCGUCGCGAUCAGUCUCGGGCUCCGGAAAGAGGUUCCGCACCCAAAUGACGACCGUCCAGCUCAAGGUCAUGAAAUCUAUUUUUGCCGACUACAAGACGCCCUCCAUGGCGGAAUGCGAAAUGUUGGGUCGAGAAAUAGGACUACCUAAGCGGGUCGUCCAGGUGUGGUUCCAGAACGCCCGUGCCAAGGAGAAAAAGUCAAAGCUAGCGUUCGCCAAAACCUUCGGCCAGGAAAUGGAGCCGCCCAAGCCUCCCGAAGAGUGUGCUCUUUGCGGUGUCAAGUACAACCACCAGUUCAGUAACACCUCGAUGCAGGACCACCUGUUCUCCAAGCGGCAUAUUGAUGCCUUGCGCAACCACAUCGACACUAUUAAGAAGAUGACGGACGACAGCAGCUCAGAGCGUAGCAGCGACCAUGACAAAGUGCCGAGUCUAGUUCAGCAACUUCAGAUGCUGGGCCAAGGGUUGCCUCCCAGCUUUGCUCUACCGUCGAGUUCGCCCAAGGACAGCCCGAAGGACGACUCCUCUACCAAAAAGCCCGACGAAUCAUCGCAGAAGAAGGAGGAGGCGCCCAAUGACGCCCUAAUGCCCUACCUUUAUGCUGGACUGCCUGGUUAUUAUCCCGGAGUAUCCGGUGCUGCCUUCAUCCACUCUACACUGUUCUCAGCUGCCAACAGCACUCCACCGCCACCGUCCUUCUACGAGGCUGCUGCGGGGAGCGUCUACGGAGGCACGCCACUUACGCUACUGCCACUGCCGUCGAGCUGCAUCCCGGACGUGAGCGCCAAAGUAGCCCUGCCGGCGGCGGCCGUCGCUCGCAUCUCUCCCGAGCCGGGCACCGGAACCCGCGACGACCUCCGCCGGCUUGUCAGCGAGGCGGACCUACUCCUUGCGUCUGAAGUGGACGUCGACGUAGGUUUUGUCUGCAAGAAAUGUCAGCUGGUAUUCCCUAGUGAAUCUCUGGUGUCAGCUCACCAGCGCGCUGGUUGCUUUGCGGCGGGCAAGCCACCGAACGUGGGAGCCGACUUCAAGCCCUUCCUGCGACUGGUGCAGCGUGCCUGGGAAUGCCGACGCUGCAGAGACCGACAUCCAACCGCUCGGGAAUUCAAGUUUCACUGUGAGUCCGAGCAUCACAAGGCAAAGGCUGACACCAUUAAUAACAAUUAGGAAGGAAUGGAUGUCAUCAUAGGAUGUAGACUUUCAUGUUUCCCAAAGUAUAUGUGUUACGGACGGCUGCCAGUCUUCUUCCUAUUGGGUUGCCAGGGUGGUGUGCUGUGUAUGUGUAAAACUUUCUAUAAAAAAAAACCUGCAGAAGACGCGGUAAACGGGUAAACAUAUUUGUUUUACUGUGCUGUGGUAUCUGUGUGAAACAGUUUGGACCUGUGCCGGAAGUGUAUUCCUUGGUGACCAUCAGGGAAAAGUACCGAUAUAGCUCAGGGGUGUAGAUUAAACCCAGCUCGAAGAUGCGCUUUUUUCAAUGGGCGUUGCUAUCAACCGACUACCUCCAAUAUUUUCGGUCCAUUUUGAUCGAGCAUUAGUGACGGAGGCUCAGAACGUCACUGGGGUGUUUUCUUUUGUACAAUGCAUGUACGUGUAAGUAAAUGUUUUAGGUGUGUAUAAAGCGAAACAAGGAAAUGGCUGUGUUGGUUCGGAUCUCUUGCAAUAACUCUUUCUCGAUAAGUAGUUGCUAGGUCAAUCCUAGCUUGCCUUUCGUGCAGGCGUAGGUCGCUGCCGCCUGAACGGGGAUGCGAUCACAUGGUUCCUAUCUAUUACAUUAUUCAAGUUAUAAACCGCAUUUCAAAAGUGUUUCCUUUCGUUACAAAUUGUGUAUGUCCCACGAGUUGGUUCAAGUGGUACACCGUGGGGGUUUUGCAUUUGGUUCGUUGGAAAGGGGCUGUCUAUGUGUACGUAUGUCGACGUGGCUGCGCACAUGCACAGACGGGCGCCUUUCGUUCCCAUUGUGUCUUUUAGUGUGAAUGGGACGCGCAAACCAAAACAAAAUAUAUAGUAUAUACAAAUAUAUAUACAAGCACAGUUACUGUGCUGACAACAGUUCCUAACACAAACAAAAAAUGACGUCUUUGUAUGUCCAGAUAUUGUGAUUAUGUUCGAUGCGAGCAGAGUGUGAUUUCCUGUUGUUGCUGAACUGAUGAUGGGUUUGUUUAUACCUGUCGCGUUAUAACCUGGGAUAGACUAAUGGAACAUCAAUAACUGUUUUGUAAAAAAAAAUGUCGAAAACUUAUCCUCUGCCAUCUUGUGUGUGAGUGUGUGUAUGUAUGAACAAAAAUGUUAGUGUGCUGAAAACACGCUGUCGUUUCAUCUCUGCUUUAUGGUCAAGGUAGUGUUCAAAAGUCCAUCAGUCAUUCUGGUGCAAUUGCGGAGAGGGAUCCUAUACUAUUGUAUUCACUUCUGGACAUGUAUUACAGUUUCUUUGUUGCACGCACUGAGGAAUCCUAUGCUGCUGUGAAAGUUCCUACCGGGUUUGGAAAGCCAACUGAGCUUGCAGGAAAACUGAAAGUAACGAAAAAGGAAAUUGAAACAACUAUCUUUAGCCAUGGUGCUUCCAUAGUAUGAAAAGCGAAACCAUCUUACCUGAGUUACCUUGUGCACAAUUCACUUCACUAUAUAUAUAUACCCUUGACACUUAGUUUUGGGCGUCGUUACGUAGUUUUAACAAGUAUUGAGCAGACAUAUUCGUGAAUGUGUUGCUGAGCCAAAAUAACCCUGCAAACUCGUAUUUUCCACCGGAAACCGUCUCAAAAUAUUUAGCAGUGGGUCCUUAGGCGCUUUAGUGAUUAUAAAUAUGUUUACCUUAGCUAUUUCCCAAUAGAGGUAAUUACUUAUGCUCUUCGCUAUCACUGAUCUUUGUGUUGUUCACUGUAUGCGCAAACAAAGACAGUUUCUAACGCGUUGAGAAUGCUGAGUAGUGGAUUCGUGAUCCCCCGUUUGAAUUACCAAUCAUUGAUAUAGAAAAAAAUAUUGAUAGUUGAAGCAAUAACUGCAUCGUAAAAUCCACACAAUACACCUUCUGCUAACAGGGACGAGCAUACACAUAAACAGUUUCCCAAUUACUCUUGUUUGCUCUAAAGAGGCGUGAUAUUAGAACACAGUGAGUAAUCUAAAAGCGCUUUGUAAUCCCAAAAGAAAAUGGUUUCGCCGUAUGAAACGUAGGAUGACGCCACUUUUGGAAUGUCUGUCAAAAGAAAUACGUCGUCGUGAUAGAUCCCUCUAGACGUAACUGUGUUUUACCCAAAUAAAAACGUCUUACCUCCCCUUAAAAUGCAGAAGUAUUUAAAUAUGUCCCGCGUUCCCGUUGGUUUUUUGCAAUGCUCUAGGUGGCACAGCCUCUUGUUCCACAACAUAUUACGUGCAAUCAAGAACCAAGUGGUUUGCCCAGCGUCGUUUUUUCGUUCUUGCUCUCUUUUGUUUAGGCAGUAUCAGGAAGAGGAAUGUCAGCCGGUGGCAGCAGGUAUCCUUGUUUCAGACCUUGGGCUGUUGGCCCAUCUGACGUACGGGUUACUACUGGAUGCACGCCUUUCUGUGCAGUCCGUUAUCGACCUCAGGCACAUUGAACAUACAUGAAUGUCACACACAAACACGAACAAAUUCUAAAUUCACAGCUUCACUAUUUUUGAGACGGGCCACCCGACCAACGCCAAGAGACCAAGUGUAAAUACGACAGCAACAUUCAUCCGACUUAUAUACGUAUUAAGGGCUCGUUGGCUCAGGGCUCCCGUUGGUUCCUGACGUUUGUUUGUCCGGGCACACCUCAAGAGCCGCAGUUGAGUUUAGCUCAUACGAUUAUCGGGAAGCACCCGAAGUCUCCGCCCGUUCUUUGGGUAGCUGCCCAGAACGCAAGUGUUUCUACUACCUCAAACCUAAGAUAAAAAUAGUAUCUUCAAGUUCCUAUAUGCAUGUGCAUACAAUACGUAUGCAUAUGUUUUACGUAUAGAUGUGUGUAUACAUACAUGCAUGAAUGUACGUGCCUGUAUAUAUAUAUACAAAUAUACACACAUGCUGGGUGCAUAUAUCCUGUAGGAUGAGGUUGACCAGUGUUUAUAACGAAUGGCUGUGGAUGGACGUUUUUAUAUUUUGUUUUCGGAAACAACGUAGUGUGCUGUCACGUAUUUUUCACUCAUGUGCUCUUCCGUUCAGUCUAUUACUGUAGUCAGGGCUGGAAGGAACGCUUUGUUUACAGUUCAUCUUAACACUGCAAUGUUUACUGUACAUACUGAAUUUUGUGGCGAGCCAAUCACAUCUCGAGUGUCCGAUACUAGGAGCUACAUCCAUCUGCAACCGCUCCGGCGACAAAUAUAUUUGUUCCAAAUGUCACUAAGGAACCUUUCUUGCAUCCCGGUACCAUUGUUGCGUUGGGUGUCCUGUUGUUGGUUAACCUUUGUUAAACCUAUUGCCUCUGUUUGCGUCAGCUGCCUAUAGUUUCGGUAUUCUAGAUUGCGUGCAAAUGCAUCCGGUCAGUGUGAUUUUCAUUCAUGUGUUUCGGUGGUAUUGCAGUACCAAAAUUGUCAUUCGUUCCGUUUCAUGCAUUUUGACUGCCUUCUUUGUUCAAAACACGAACUGGCCAAUGGUUUUCUGAAAUACGUAAUCGCUGCAAGUCUAUUUUUGGUAUGUCACUUAGACGAUGUAAUAAGAACAAUAAUAUUGACGGUAACAGUAAAGAUGCUGACGAUGACAAAACGGUUCUAGGUUUUUACAUCACAGCUCAUGUAGUUGGCUUGAAGUUCUGAAAUAAAAUGUCUUACGUGAAAAAGAAAAAAAAAAGAGAAAGAA